ACGAUAUCUUUCAGGAUUAUCUAGACCGGUUCUUGAUUAUCUACCUGGACGAUUUUUUGGUGUUUUCUAGAUCACAAUCAGAACAUGAGAACCACGUCAGAAUGGUGUUACAACGAUUGCGGGACCAUGGACUUUAUGCCAAGUUGGAAAAAUGCGCUUUUGAUCUACAAGAGGUAGAUUUCCUGGGAUAUCGUGUCUCGCCACUAGGGCUCACCAUGGACCCGGCAAAGGUUGCAGCAGUAUUGGAAUGGCGGGCGCCAACCAACAAGAAAGAGGUGCAACGUUUCUUGGGGUUCGCGAACUACUACCGCAAGUUCAUUCCAGACUUUGCCCGCUGGUCUGAUCCAAUCACCAGCUGCAUCCGUGGGAAACAGCCCUUCCGCUGGACAGAUCAAGCAGAGAAAGGGUUCCAGCAACUAAAGAAAUUAUUCACGUCCCAGCCAAUCCUUCAGCACCCAGAUCCUGAAACCCCUUUUGUCGUGCAGGCGGACGCCUCCGAUGUGGCGAUUGGGGCUGUACUCCUACAACCAGUGGGAGAUCAUCUUCACCCU